GUUACUUUUUAACUCUCUCAUGACUUGUCUGUCUUUUAAACCUCAUUUUCUGCACCAUUCUUUUGACAAGCCAAAUCAAAGAAGAAGAGUAAAAGAUGGGGAGAGGGAAGAUUGAGAUCAAGAGGAUUGAGAACACAAGCAACAGGCUGGUCACUUAUUCCAAGAGAAGGAAUGGGAUUUUGAAGAAAGCCAAGGAGAUUACUGUUCUCUGUGAUGCUAAAGUUUCUCUCAUUAUCUUUGGUACUUCAGGGAAGAUGCAUGAGUAUUGCAGCCCUUCUACUAAUUUGGGUGAUAUUUUGGAUCAAUAUCAGCAGACUUCAGGAAGGAAGUUGUGGGAUGCUAAACAUGAGAAUCUCAGCAAUGAAAUUGACAGAAUCAAGAAAGAGAAUGACAACAUGCAGAUUGAACUCAGGCAUUUGAAAGGGGAGGAUAUCACCUCGUUGCCUUACAAGGAGCUAAUGGCCAUAGAGGAUGCCCUUGAAAAUGGUCUUACCUAUGUUCGUGGGAAACAGAUGGAUGUGCUUGAUAAUACAUGGAAAAAUGCCAAUUUUUUAGAGGAGGAGUACAAGCAGCUCAAUUUCAUUCUGAAUCAGCAAGAAACGGCUUAUGAAAAUGCAAGAGAGCAGAUAGGUGGUGGACAUCAGGACUACAACUCGCAGAUGCCUUCAAUCUUCCAAGUUCAGCCAAUUCAGCCAAACUUACAGGAGAGGAAGUAAUAACACUGGAGAUUAUGGUAUGCUUCCAAAUUUUCACUAGCAUGCUUUCUAGUGAUAAUUUAAUGACAUUUUCCUGCAUAUUGAGUUGUAAUAUUUGUGACUCGGUGUUCUUAAACUCAUGCAUAUUUACUAGUUGUAAUAUUUGUGAACUUGUACCGUAAAAUACCAACUUGGUUUAUAAUU